AUGCCAUCGUUCUCGCAAGUGCUAGACUACCUCAAAGUCCCGACCAAGCUGGGCAAUGAGCGCAACUACUGGAUCAACGACGAUGUGCGCCCGCUGCCGCCCUCACGCCGCACCUGGGACAGCCUCACCUUCUUCUCCUUCCAAGCUAUCAACCAGAUUGCCAUCAGCAACUGGCAAAUCGGCUCCUCGCUCGUCGCGACCGGCCUGUCGGUGUGGCAGACCAUCGUCGCCGUUAUCCUCGGCAAGAUCAUCAUCGCCGCGGUGCAGGUCUUUGGUGGCUGGAUCGGCGCCGAGUGGCACGUCGGCUACCCGGUUAUCGCGCGGCUACUCUGGGGCAUCUACGGCAGCUUCUUCGCCGUGGCCCAGCGGCAGCUGCUGUCGCUCGUCUGGUUCGCGCUGCAGUCGUGGUUCGGCGGGCUCUUCACCACCGCCGUGCUCAGCUCCGUCUUCCCCCAGUUCCACUACAUGAAAAACACGAUGCCCGCGUCGACGCACAUGACGACGGCGCAGUUUGUCGGCUGGGUCGUGUUCCUCCUGAUCAGCCUGCCGGUCAUGUACCUGCCGCCGGAGAAGACCAAGAAGCCGUUCGCCGUGAUGAACACGAUUGCGUUUGUCACGCUGGUGGCCAUUAUGAUCUGGGCGCUGGUGGCGGCGGGCGGCGCGGGACCGCUGGUGUCGGCCUCGGCCACGGUGAGCAACGCGGAGCUGGCCUGGGCGAUUAUCCGCGGCGUCACGACGACGGUGGGCGGCAUCGCGGCGGCCCUGACCAACGCGUCGGACUGGUCGCGGUUCGCGCGCCGCCCGGGCGACCAGGUCACCGGGCAGUGGACGGCCAUCAUUAGCCUCGGCACCAUCAUGCCGCUGUUUGGCUGCCUGACCACCUCGGCGACGGUCAAGAUCUACGGAACGCCGCUCUGGAACCCGGCGGACAUUAUCCUGCGCUGGCUGCAAACCGACUACAGCUCCGGGUCCCGCGCGGCUGCCUUCUUCGCCGGCGCGGGGAUGAUCACCUCCCAGCUGGCCAUCAACACGGUCGACAACGCGUUCUCGCUGGGCAUGGACCUCAGCGGCAUCUUCCCGACGUACGUCAACAUCCGCCGCGGCGGGUACAUUGGCCUGAUCGUUUCCUGUGCGCUGUGCCCGUGGUACCUGCUGUCCUCGGCGUCCACGUUCGUGACGGUGCUGAGCAGCUACUCGCUCUUCCUGGCGCCGAUGAUGGGCAUCCAGAUCUGUGACUACUGGAUUGUCCGCAAAAGAAAGAUUGAGCUGAGCCAGCUGUACACGGCCGACAGGGACGGGUCGUACUACUACUGGCACGGCGUCAACUGGCGCACGGUGGUGGCGUGGGUGCUUGGCUGGGCGCCGCAGUUUCCGGGAUUUCUGGCGUCGGUCGCGCCGCGCCUGCGCGUGACGGCCGGGGCGAAGCACCUGUACGACAUGGCUUUUGUUGUCGGCUUCUUGAUCAGCGUCUUGGUGUAUUACGGGCUGGUCUGGGCAUGGCCGCCGAAGGGCUUGGGGGCGAUGGAUGCGACGGACAUUUACGGGACGUUUACGGCGUACGAGGGCGAGAGACUGGGCGUUCAGCAGGUCAUUGAAGGGCAGGGGCAGGAUUUGGGUGCUGAGAAGGAAUUGAAGCGGUCCUCCGAUGCUUCAGUCACCAAGGCGUAG